AUGCCCUCUCCCACAAGCAACGGCUUGACUGAGACCCAUCAGCUGCCGGCAUUCUACUCGCCGCGCACUGCGCCUGUCGAUGCCGGCGCCCAGUAUAUCAAAGGCGCCACCGCUCCGGUCGACGACCUGUCGCUCUCCCCCGCUGGCGCCGACACGCCCUCGUCGCAACCCCCGCCACCGUCCCUCUUGUCGCCGGCAUUCACACCUCCGGCCACCCCCGGCACACAGACGCCCAAGAGCCGAGCACCUCGAAGCGUCCCAGUUGACAGCUCUAUCCCUUCGGGCGGUUGCGGCUCCAAGAAGCCCCGUCUGCUCGAGAAACUGCCCGAGGUGCAAUGCCUCGUUCGCGCGCGCAUCCCGACCGUCAAUGGUACCGAGAUGUUUCUGCAUCUCUACACCAACAACGUCGACAAGAAGGAACACCUUGCUAUUGUAUUCGGCAAGCAUAUCCGCAGCAAGAGCUUGGAUGCGCCGCGCGAGGGUGAGACGGAAAUGGACCGCAUGAUUCGCGGCGCCUACACCGGCCGUCUGUUUCCCGGCCGCACUACGAGCGGCAUGGGUAGCAGCGAGCCCAGCACACCAGUACCGGAGCCCGCAACCACAAAGGCCGCGGAGCCCCCGUUGGUCCGAAUUCACUCCGAAUGUUAUACCGGCGAGACGGCUUGGUCUGCGCGAUGCGACUGCGGGGAGCAGCUCGACGAGGCUGCCCGCCUGAUGGGCCUGCCCGAUAAUGCAAGCGGCGGAAUCAUUAUUUACUUGCGCCAAGAAGGCCGCGGCAUUGGCCUGGGCGAGAAACUCAAGGCGUACAACCUGCAGGACCUGGGUUCCGAUACCGUCGAGGCAAAUCUGCUCCUCCGCCACCCUGCUGAUGCCCGCAGCUACGGACUGGCCACGGCCAUGCUGCUGGAUCUCGGCGAAGACAGUGUGCGGUUGCUGACGAACAACCCCGAUAAGAUUCGUGCCGUUGAAGGACCUAACAGGGAGGUGGUUGUCAAGGAGAGAGUGGCGAUGGUGCCACUCUCGUGGCGUGGCAAAGGCGGUUUCCGAAGCGAAGAAGUGGAGGGAUAUCUGAAGACAAAGAUUGAGCGAAUGGGACAUAUGUUGGACAUGGGAGGGAUGCCACACUAA